UGUAUUUUUCUCUGUGUCUGUGAAUAAGAAGUGAUGUCUCUGGUGGCCUCCCCACAUGUGGCUACCUUAAACCACACUGGUGUCAGUCACACAGUCUUCCACUUGCUGGGCAUCCCUGGUCUAGAGAAGCAGCACAUGUGGAUUUCCAUCCCCUUCUUUGUUUCCUAUGUCAUUGCCGUACUUGGGAACAGCCUGCUCAUCAUUAUUAUCCUCUCAAGGAGCAGCCUCCACGAACCCAUGUACCUCUUCCUCUGCAUGCUGGCAGGAGCAGACAUUGUCCUCUCAACAUGUACGGUACCUCAGGCCUUGGCCAUCUUCUGGUUCCAUGCUGGGGAGAUCUCCCUGGAUCGCUGCAUUGCUCAGUUCUUCAUCAUCCACUGCACUUUCAUCUCUGAGUCAGGGAUCUUGCUGGUGAUGGCCUUGGACCGCUACAUUGCCAUAUGCUACCCACUCAGAUACACCACUAUCCUUACACAUGCACUGAUUGGGAAAAUUGGUGUUACCAUAUUUUUAAGAAGUUAUUGUACAAUUUUCCCCAUAAUAUUUCUUUUGAAAAGGUUGACUUUCUGCCAAAAUAAUAUUAUUCCGCAUACCUUUUGUGAACACAUUGGCUUGGCCAAAUAUGCUUGUAAUGACAUUCGAGUGAACAUCUGGUAUGGACUUUUUGUAAUAAUAGCGACAGUGGUUUUAGAUGCCCUGUUAAUCUUUGUCUCCUAUGUGCUGAUUCUCCAUGCUGUCUUCCACAUGUCUUCCCACGAUGCCCGUCAGAAAGCUCUCAGCACAUGUGGCUCCCACGUCUGCAUCAUCAUCCUCUUUUAUGGGCCUGCCAUCUUCACUACUCUUACUCAGCGGUUUGGACGCCACGUUCCUCCUCACGUCCACAUCUUGCUGGCUAACGUCUGCAUUCUGGUUCCACCUAUGUUGAAUCCCAUCAUAUAUGGGGUCAAGACCAAGCAAAUCCGAGAGCACGCGGUUCAUAUGCUUUUCCCAAAGCAGCAGUAACUUUGGAAGAGAAUAAGAGUUUUCAGCAUUUGUAGCUAUUCAUGGUGUGGCCUAUCUAUGGAGGUGGUGGGUGGAAACAUUAGUGGUAAACUGAAACACCUGGAAAUAGCUAAGAAAUUGUGUUUCUGGGGCAAGUUCACUAAGAAUGUUACAGGAUAUGAAUAUUCAACUGUCAAUGCAAGAGAAAGAAAGAGAGAGAGAAAGAGAGUGGUGGCAUGUUUGCCUGAGCAACUCUCUACAACUUUCCUAGGCAUCUUAGUUGUUUUUUUCUUACUAG